AUUUGCCCUUUUGGGGGAGAGAGGAGUGUAAUGAUUAGGCUGUCAUUCUGUAUGAUGUCAUUUUGUCAUGAAUUUGUUUUAAAUUUCAUAUUUAAAUGAACCCAUCCUUCCCACUUUGCGACAUCAUUCGAGACCCUCAUUUUGCUUUGGAGCACCUUUAACAUCUCUCCCCAUGUCCCUGGAAUGUGAUGAGCUUGCCCUCAUGUUCCUAUCAGCUACAAAUCCAGAGUCCCAACAUGGAGCCCUAUCAUGGAGCAGAACACCUCUCCAGUACUGUGUAACCUUGGGUAGACCCCUUAGCCUCUCGGGUUUUGGAGGCCUCAGUUGUGAAAAUGUGAGGGAUCUAUGAAUUUACAUUUGGGGCAGGACAAGGUCAGGAAGAGUUAGUCUUUGCUUUUAUUCUUCCCACCUGGAAUAUCUUCCCUCCUCUCCAUGGGUCCAAAUCUCACUUGUCCUUCAGGCCCACCAUCCAGGUGCCUUCUCUCAUUUCCAAUCCACACAAAUCUCUGCCUCUCCAGCUGUUGAAUACUUAGGAUCAGUGACACACAACCCAGCAGUCUCUUAAGCUAAUCUUGCCUCUCCAGCCAGUCUCAGAAUAUGGGUUUCUUUUGCCCUUCUGUGGUCCCUGAGGCUGUGCCAGCCCACAAGUAUCCUCCACAGGGAGUGGCUACUUGACUAGGGCAUGAGUGGGGAGAGCCAGGUGUGAGGGCCCAGGCAGGAUGCCUCUCUACCUCCACCUUACUCUCCUCCACAAAACCCCAGGAACCUGAAGCCUGCCCCUCAAGUCACAGAUUCCUUAUGUGACCUCACUGGGUAGUGAUGACCUCACAAACCUCACAGUUUCCAUGGCAGGAUAACCACGCAAACGUGGUGCUCUUGGGGAAACUUCCCGACUAGUUCUCUACCAGAUACCGAUCUGUUAGGUUGCCUGAGAGAGAAUGUCUGACCGGAUCUUCUAUAUUAACUCGAACUUGUCCUCUGUCCCCUGGGAGGGCAACGGAGCAGCAGUGGCUCCCACUACUCCUCCUACACCUUGUCUAUACCAUGUCCUCUACCGAGGGUGUGGAGAAACCCAGAUGGGCUGGCAUGGAGAGACAUACUGCCUGGUUGGUGGCUGCAGGGCCUAUGGGGAUGCUCCUGUGGCCACCCCAGCAAAAGUGGAAGCAGAGAAGCCAAUCCCCAGGCAGACGCCCAAGAGACAGCGAGCUGUGGCAGAGCCGGACAAAGAUCUAGGUUGCCCCACCCCCAAAAUUCAGCGAUUGCAGCAUGGUGGCAGAAGGUGGACCCCACGGAAGCUCGCUGGCUGAGUCUGUCUGUAGAGAGGGCAAACAUUUAACGGCCUGAGACAUCUAAUGCUUCUUCCUGCCGUGAGCCCCACUGCCCACCAUCGGAGGUUAGAACCUGAGCCAUUCUGUCUGAGCCUUUCUCCACCAGGAGCCUCCUUCCAUACUAACUGGCCAUGGGCAAGGAGCCUCAGCAACUGAGGUUUGAAAUGAGAGGCUGCUCUGAGCAUCCCAGGACUGAAGCUGGCCUGGAAGAAAACCUGCUGUUCCUCUGCUCCAUCCUCUAGAGUCCCUUUUUGGGCAGAAGAAAGAAAAGUCUGCACUCUGCGAGCCAAGGAGGAUGCAGGAGCAGAGAGACAGUGCAGGGCGGCUUUAUCAGGGGCCCAGUCUACCAGAUGGACUCCUGCAUGACUCAUUGCCAGCAGCUACCAGCACAAACCAGGAGGAGCUGGGCUUUUUGAAUCUGAAAGAAGCAAUCUGUGGCUACCCAGGGAGCCUCCUGCCUGGGGUCUCAGGAGGCAGAAUAAAGAGACCCAGGAAGACCUGCUCCCUGGAGCAGGAACAGGAUGAAGAGGCAAGCAGCAUCUCCCCUGCGGCUCACAUGCUCCUUUAUUCCCAGCCCUUUCUGUUCAAUAAAAUGAUUUUCUGUAA